UGCUUCCAAAAAUCUAAGUUCAGAAGUAGAGUUACCCUCUUUCAUCUCCAUGUCCAUGGCCAUGGCGUCCUCCAUCUCACUUUCAACAUCCUUAUGCACAUCUUUUGCUACCUCCAAGUCGGCGAAUUGCUGCUUGUCUCCUUUGCUUUCACAUCGAAAAGCCUCGCCUUUCCGUUUCUCCACGUGGUUUCCUCAAUUGGGUCCUUCCAUUUUCUCUCAAUGGACUGGUCUAAAGCAUCUGGGCAUUUCAAUCUCACCAAAAUCUCUUAAAUUGGAAAGAAGGGGAAGAAGUAAAGGAAAGGUGGUCCAUGCAUCUUUGUUUGGGGUUGGAGCUCCUGAGGCUCUGGUUAUUGGGGUGGUUGCUUUGUUGGUAUUUGGUCCCAAGGGUUUGGCUGAGGUUGCUAGGAAUCUGGGAAAGACUUUGCGAGCAUUCCAACCCACAAUUAAAGAACUUCAGGAAGUCUCGAGGGAAUUCAAGAGCACCCUUGAACGGGAGAUUGGUCUUGACGAAAUGCCAAGUUCGACACAGAACACGCCGAAUAGAAACAGCCCCUAUAUAAGUAAAUCUCCUCCAACCCCUUCACCAGUUACCAGCGCCGAGGAAACUGGUAGCGAGGCUGACCCGAUGUUCACUCCUGUUUAUGACGUAGUGGUCGAUUACCUUUGUAUAUGUCAAAGUUAUAUAAAGAAGCAUGCGAUUCGUCACCUUACUGCAGGUGUCACACAAUCAGUAAACGAGGCGUAUACUAGUGAAGAGUACUUAAAGAUCACAGAGGAGCAGCUAAAAGCUUCAGCUUCGAAACAGCAGGGCCAGACCGCCUCUCCUGGAGAAACAGAACCAGGAUCCCCAAAUCAAGAUGCAGCUACUCCCAAGGAAACCAUGGCUGGUGCGAUGCCUCCAUCUCGGAAACCCGACAGCGAGACAUGAAACCACAGUAACGGGGAUAGAAAGAUCGAGUUAUCUUACAGAAGCCUCAGAGGAAGGUACUGCGAACACCACGUUUUGUUCCUUGACGAUUCUUCUAAAUUUUGAUUAAGUGACUGUAUAUUAUUAGUUCUUUGCAAAUGAUUUUGUCUGUACGUAGUCGGCUAGGGUAAUUGUACAACAUAAUUUGAUCAUGUUUUCAUUGGUUUGACAA